ACUGCUUCGACCACGGAGUGCUCUAUUUCUUCUUUAUUACUGCCACAAAAGGCAGAUUCCAAAAUACUUCAUUCCGAAGCUAAACUCCUAAAAAAUGGGCGUCAUAAGCUUCAAGUUUUCUCUGAAUUCCUAACGUCUAACCAAAGUAUUUGCCCUCCGGCGGCGAUUUUGCUAAUUUCGAAUGGUCGAGCUUCCGUACCAACAACAUCUUCUGCUUCAUAUUCAUAUUCUUAGCCUUCAUUUUCUUCCCUCUUUUCAUAUUCUUCAACUUCCUAUUUAUUCAUUAUUUUCCAACAAUUGGUUGUGAACAGCGACGCAGAAGACGUCGGGCAAUUGAAGUGACACGAGAUCGUCUUUUUUGCUCAUUUUACCUAUUCUAUUAAAAACGACACUUUUAGAAUUGUCUUCUCCUUCUUCAAAGUUCCCCGUUAAACAUUCAAAAUUCCUCCUCCUUCGAAAGAUUCGAAAACGCCAAAAAUAUCUUUUCUACGCAAAAUUAUGAAUCGAAUAGGACCCCGCCGACGGGGGUUUCGGACGAGACAAAACGGUAACAGUCAACAAAAGGAGAUAGUGGAACCAGUGAUGGCAAGUGGUGUUUGCGUUCAUUCAGUACUUCCGUUUAAAUCCGCCAAUGCCGCAGACUGCUUAGCACGACGCGACAUGUAUCGCCAGGGAACCAAUCAAUCGGUGUGCUCCGAUGCCGAUGAGUUCACACCAGAAGAACUUCAAGAAUUUGCUCAAGCCUUCAAAUUGUUUGACAAGGAUGGAAACAACACAAUGAAUAUCAAAGAAUUGGGUGAAGCAAUGCGUAUGCUUGGUCUGAAUCCAACUGAAGAAGAGCUUCUUAACAUGGUUAACGAGUAUGAUGUGGAUGGUAAUGGAAAAAUUGAUUUUGGAGAAUUUUGUAAAAUGAUGAAGGAAAUGAACAAAGAAACUGAUCAAGAGUUGAUUCGGCUUGCUUUCAAAGUGUUUGAUAAAGAUGGAAACGGGUACAUUACUGCACAAGAGUUCAAGCAUUUCAUGACUACAAUGGGUGAAAGAUUCAGUGAGGAAGAGGUUGAUGAGAUUAUUCGAGAAGUUGAUAAGGAUGGCGAUGAACAGAUCGACUUAGACGAGUUCGUCAACAUGGUUGCUCCGAUUGUAUCGGAUGGUACCAAAACUGAUCCAUUCCUCGAACCAACUGCCUCCACUAAUCCACCUACCAAAUAAACUUUGUCACUUAAAUUACAACAAACUGCCUAUCUUUUUCCAAUUGAUACUACUUAUUUCUAACUGAGUCAAAAAUGUACAAAACUCCCGAUGCAUUCCCUCAUUUUAAUAUCGCUAGGUGUUAUCCGGUAGAAAUCAUUUGUGCAGAAACCCUGUGGACCAUUACUUUUUCUUCGUUUUCAUUCCAUUUGAUAAUUGAUCUCUGUUUAAUGUAUUUAUUUGGUCUCUAUGUAAUUCAAUUUUUUGAAUCAAUAAAAAUAAAACAUGAGUCUUUGAUGA